AUGGAACAACAUCAAAUGUUGCAGAAUUUGUUGAAGGAGAAGAAGAAUCUCUCAUCAACAACAGCACACGCCUUGAAUUCAUAUAGAAAAGUAUUAUAUGUUGGAAAUUUAUCACAACAAGUCACUAGAGAUGUAUUAUACAAUUUAUUUAUUCCAUUCGGAGAAGUAUUGGAAGUAACAGUGCCUGUUAAUCAAGUCAACAAGGAGGAAAAGGGAUUUUCAGGUGCAAAUACUAAACAUCGUGGAUAUGCUUUUGUAGAAUUUGAACUUCCAGAGGAUGCCACAGAUGCUCUAGAGAAUUUAAAUAAUGGUGAAUUAUUUGGAAGAAUUAUAACAGUUAAUUAUUCAAAAGCUACAAAUCUUUCCAGAGAAGCCUUUUCUGAUCUCAAUGUUCCACUGUGGAGUUUGAAUGAAUCAUCUGAAUCAAAUAAUAAUAAUACUGAAUCAUCGAGUGAUAGCAAUGAACCUAAUGUUGCAGUUUUGGAAACAGAACCAUCUUUAAAAAAGACUAAACUUUCAUAA